ACUCUUCUCUUCCCGAGGGGGGGGGGGGGUGGAUGUGUGGAGAUGAGGGUGGAGGGGUGUAGUUCGUCAUCUCUGCCUCUCCGGACUCGGCAGUGGUGAGAGCAGCUCAGAGAUUUCAAAGGCGCAGGGAUGGAGAGGAGGGCAGUCCGGUGUCCCCCCUCCUGCUCCAACACGGCCCUAGACGGAGAGCAGAGGGUGCGAUGAUGGGGGCCUGCUUUCCCCUGGCAGGAGGGGGGGAGGGGGCAAUCAAAGUUUGCAGCUUGGACAUACAGCCACACCUCAAAGACGAUCCGCCAGCUGGAUCUGCUGGCAGUUCUGGGAUAGUGCCUUCCGUGCGUCUCUCUUGAAAUCCAGGUUUUCUCCACGUUCAUGAGGAUCAAGAUCAGAGGACCUACAACACUAAAGGACAGAGGAUUAUCUAUUCAGAGGAUAGUCUGACCUGGGGACAGGGGUUGCUGCUAGAGCUCCGUGGGCUGCGUGCUUGUUAGCAACCUGGCUGCACGGCAUUUGAGGAUGGGGAACGCCGUGCGGGGAAUGGUCGCCUUCAUCCCCUCGGAUCGCUGCCAGCGCUAUGUAGUCGGCGACCUGACGGAGAUGCCAUUGGACCGCGUGGUGGACCUGAGCGGCCGGCAGCUGCGGCGCUUCCCCCUGGCCGUCUGUGCGUUCGACGAGCUCAUGCGCCUCUACCUGAGCGACAACCGCCUGCGCAGCCUCCCGGCUGACCUGCGCCAGCUGCACCAGCUCCAGCUGCUGGCCCUGGACUUCAACUGCCUGGAGGAGCUGCCAGCAGCCGUCUGUGGGCUGCCACAGCUCAACACGCUGUACCUGUGCAACAACCGGCUGUGGCGGCUGCCCCGUGAGCUGGGCUGGCUGACAGAGCUGCGCACACUGUGGCUGGAAGCCAACUGCCUGCACGAGUUCCCCCAGGUGCUCUGCGAGCUGCCCAACCUCAGGGCCCUGCACCUGGGCUAUAACCAGCUGCGCAGCCUCCCCCAGGACCUGGGCCGGCUGGGCGAGCUGCGCAGCAUCUGGCUGGCGGGGAACCUGCUGCCAGAGUUCCCACCGGUGCUGCUGGACAUGCAGCUCCUGGACGUGAUCGACGUGGACCGCAACCGCAUACGCCGCUUCCCCAGCCUGGCGCAUCUGCACAACCUCAAGCUGGUCAUCUAUGACCACAACCCGUGCAUCAACGCGCCGGCCGUGGCUGAGGGUGUGCGCCGGGUGGGCCGCUGGGCAGACUGCGAGGACGACAGCGAAGAGGAGGAGGAAGAGGCGGAGAAGCGGGCCGAAGAGGCACACGGGGAGGAGAAGGAGCAGGAGUUGCCUGAAACCACAGUGAAGCAGAGUGAAGCAGAAUAGGAAACCGCAGAGUGGCUGCAGUGAGAGGCCAGCCAGGCCUUGGCUGGUGCCAGAAGCCAUUUCCCAGGAAAGCAUCUCGCCAACAUUCGGAUGGAAGCUGGUCAGCGCGUGCCGGGUAACCCACUUCCAAGGAGAUUCCAAGCAUUUAUAGCAGCAUUGCUUUAAAUGUGAAAUCACUUCUGAAUUUUGGACAGCAGUCCAAAGCUUAACAUAAAACAAAUAUCGCAGCCACCAGUAGCAGGCCAAGCUUACAACAUGCUUCUAUAUAUUAAAUUACCAUGUUCAUAAACAAGCUUAUAAAACACAACAUUUGAGUCGCCGAUACACAUGAGAAUCUGGGCAUAUUUUCCAUCCUUCUUAACACUUUAAACUAAACCAGUGAGGUCCAGAGACGAUCAAAAUUUAAUGGUUCACUGGUUGUUCAUCCCGUAGCUGCCUUAUCUACUCAUCAGGUCCAGCUGUCUUAGGAGUUAAAGCCUGCAUGUGGGUAAGAUUCACUGCAGCGAUGCAACACUGGAGAGGUAGCAACGGGGUAACGGGCAGGCCUCCCUCACCUUCG